AUGCUUGCACGAGGUCGAGCGCGGCUGUCCUUGUACUCGGGGCGCGGCGGCAGGUCACACUUCAGCACCAGCUCCAUCUCCUUCCAGCCCACUGCUGCCCUGUGGCAGCGUUGGUCGGGCCUGCGGGUGGACGGGACGGAGGACCCCGAUCCCAACGACUCGGACUACGAAAGCGACGGCGAGGAGCCCAACGCCGAUGCCGGCGCGGACGUGCAGAACCGCCAUCACCACCACGACGAGAUCGUGGGCUUCGCCAUCAACGGACUCAAUCGGUUCCAUGCGCACCACCUCCGCCGUGAUGACGAAUGGCUCCGCUAUGCCCUGCACGAGAGCCCCAAUUCGCGAUUCCUGGCAUUCCAUAAGCUGCGGCCCAUGGUGGAGCAUCGCACGCCACCGACGCAUCUCGGCCCCAUUCUAGCUUGGCAAGAACGGGGAGAGGUUCUGCCGGCCAUCACCGACGCCAAGUCCACGGUUCUCCUCCUGGGCCAAUCCCUGCGCGAGACCAAUUCCGACCGGUCGAUCCAGGAGCAGCUGAGCGAUGAGAGCAACCAGAUCAACGUAUUCGCGUUCGACCUCGACCCCAUCGUGGGUGACGACGAACAGGAAGCCCAGCGCUACGCAGCCGCCCACCAAACGCACCUCGAGGUUCGGACCACGUUCGAGGAACCGCGGGCGAUUGUGCCGCACUUGCCCCCGUGGGAGGGCGGUGUGGUCGCUCAGGCCCGCUCGCUCCUGCAUUGGCACAAGAAGAACGGGUUCUGCGCGGCAUGCGGAUCGACCACCAAGUCCGUCGAGGCUGGCUAUGUACGAAAGUGUAAUGAUGAUAAAAACGCCAGUUGUGGAAUGGACCACUAUCCACGCACGGACCCGUGCAUCAUUACGAUGGUGGUGUCUUCGAACAGGGACAAAUGCCUUCUGGGCCGAAAGUCCAGCUGGCCUGCUGGCAGGUUCAGCCUCCUGGCGGGCUUCAUGGAGCCGGGAGAGACCAUUGAAGCCGCUGUGUUGCGCGAGGUGUACGAGGAAGCUGGACUGCUGUUGGACUACGAUAAGGUGGCCUACAAGCUGUCGCAGCCGUGGCCCUUCCCCGCGUCGCUGAUGAUCGGCUGCGUCGCUACGAUGCACGAGGCCGAGAUCCAGCGGCAGAAGGUGAGCGUCGACUACCACGAGCUCGACGAAGCGCGCUGGUUCGACGUGAAGGAGGUCGCCGCCAUGCUCGCCAGGAGCACUCAGCUCACGAUCGGGAUCCGCGCAGGAAGGGGCGCCGGAGGGUGA